GUAAUUAUUGUUGUUUCAAUUAUGGCUUUUGCUGAUUUUUUUCCUGGGCAUAUGUAGCACGUGCGAAGUUUAUAGAUGGAAGAAGAAAUACAACGAAAAGGGAAACUAAAAGAGGCGGCGAUGCAUGCGCGCGCAAAACGUUCCGACGACGACGCUGUGCGUGUAAAUGUAAUUAGGAAUUCAUUUUUACUUUGUAUGUUUCUGGUUCUGGUUGUGGUUGACAAAACUGCAAAAGAAAUAAAAGUUAAAAAGAACAAUCUAUGAUAGCACAAUCUACAAGAAAGGUGCGAAACUCCAUAAAUUUAGAAUUUUGAGAGCCAUGAGUUCCAUCAAGGACCUAGGCAGGCUCUUGAAUGGGUUAUCUCUGAUCGCCAAGGAAUUGGCCACUCGCUCUCCUGCAAAUGAGGAAUUCCAGAUUCUCUUCAAGAAAGCCUUGGUUUCCGCCACCGACCUCGCCGGCCUCACCAGAGGCAAGGUGGUCCAACCAAUCUCAAACCCUAAUCUUAAUCCUAACCCUAAUCCUAAUCUUAAUCCUAAUCCUAUCCCUUCUACUGCUACCUCCUCCUCCGUAGUGUACUUUACCCCUGGCCCUACCUCUUCAUCAUCCCAAUCAGAUUCCAAUUCCAAUUCCUCUUCCUCUUCCUCUUCCUCAUUACCACAAUCACAAGAAGACCAACAACAUCAGCUCAUCCAUGAUUCCAAUACUCAUAACAAUGUGCAGUCGGCAUCCGCCACGUACAUGGUGUCGGCGGAUAGUUUAUGCAGCGAUUCUAAUGGUGAUGGGGUUGUUUCCGAUCAGCCGCCUCCGCCUCCGCAGUUAAGCAAGAAGCGAAGGCCCAGGGAGAGACGAGUUCCUUCAACCCCCUUUUCAAGAGCACUUGGGUUUGCUGGUCUAGGGGCUGGUCUUGCGUGGGGAACCAUUCAGGAAUCCGCUAAGAGAAUUGUUUAUGGUACUUCCAGCUCCCACCAAAACCAAAACCAAUCGGCUCUAUCCCCGUUUGUGUCCCAAAAAAAUGCAGAACGUUUGGCCCUUGCACUCUGUAGAAUGCGUGGAGCAGCACUUAAGCUGGGCCAGAUGUUGAGUAUACAGGACGAAUCUCUUGUACCUGCUCCGAUCCUAGCUGCUCUGGAUAUUGUUCGUCAAGGUGCAGAUGUGAUGCCAAGAAAGCAGAUCAACCAAGUUUUGGAUGCUGAAUUGGGUCCUGAUUGGUCAUCCAAGUUGACUAGCUUUGAUUACGAACCAAUGGCUGCUGCUAGUAUAGGCCAGGUGCACCGAGCUGUCACAAAGGGUGGUAUGGAUGUUGCAAUGAAAAUUCAGUACCCUGGUGUUGCAGAUAGCAUUGAAAGUGACAUUGAGAAUGUGAAACUUCUUUUAGAUUAUACAAAUUUAAUCCCCAAAGGACUCUAUCUUGACAGAGCUAUGAAGGUGGCAAAAGAAGAACUAUCUCGAGAAUGUGACUACGAGUUGGAGGCAAAAAAUCAGAAACGAUUCCAUGACCUGCUAUCUAACACACAAGGUUUUUAUGUCCCAUUGGUCGUAGAGGAUAUUUCGAGUAAAAGAAUCUUGACUACAGAACUUGUUGCUGGAAUUCCUAUCGAUAGAGUGGCAUUACUAACCCAAGAAACUCGCAAUUAUGUUGGUAGGAAGCUGCUAGAACUCACUUUGAUGGAGUUAUUUUCUUUCCAGUUCAUGCAGACUGAUCCUAAUUGGAGUAAUUUCUUGUAUGAUGAGGCCACAAAGUCCAUCAAUCUCAUUGACUUUGGAGCAGCUCGGGAUUUUCCUAAGAGUUUUGUUGACAACUAUUUACGAAUGGUUCUUGCAUGUGCAAAUGGUGAUAGAGAUGUGGUCAUUGAGAUGUCAAAGAGACUUGGAUUUCUCUCGGGAAUAGAAUCGGAAAUAAUGCUAGAGGCUCAUGUCCAAGCUGGUUUUGUUGUGGGACUGCCAUUCUCGAAGGCUGGUGGAUAUGACUUCCGCUCCACCAAUAUCACCCAAAGCAUUUCAAGCCUUGGGGCAACAAUGCUGAAGCACAGGCUCACACCGCCACCUGAUGAGGCCUACAGUCUUCAUCGCAAGCUUUCAGGUGCAUUUUUGGCUUGCAUCAAGCUUGGGGCUGUUGUACCAUGCAGAGAAUUAUUGCUUGAAGUUUAUGAGCAUUAUGAGUUUGGGGAAGAAGGUGAUGAGAUUCUGUCAAGUGGUAGCUCAGUUUCUUGAUUGGCCAAUAAUUUAUCUAAAAUUUUUUAUUGAUUUUUGACAUGUAAUAAUUCUUGGAUAUAAUUACAAACUUCCAAGCGUUACUCACACGCAUAUCUUUUGUUGCUCCAAGUUGAAGUUCCAUUUUUAGUUUGGCGGCGUUGAGAAAGAAAGGCUAAGCAGUGCAGUUAUGGUUAGAAAGAGGGAAUUGUAAAGUGAGAAAAAGCGAGGGCUGCAAGUAUUGGAACUUGACCAUUUAAAUUUGUUCGUCGUCAUUGAAUGGUUGGUGUUAGCAUUCAAGCGACAACAUUUGUUGGCACACAAAUGAAUAGAAUGGUAUUAUCGCUGAAAGAAAGAUAGGAUAAGCUUGAAAAUCA